AUGCGCCUGGACCCGGGGGCCCCCAUGAGUGCUGCUGACGCCGUCAACGGCUGGAGCGAGGCGCAGCUGGGUCGGGUCCUGCUGGAGUAUGGGGAGGAGAAGGCCUGGAAGCUGGUGGCGCGCAGGAUUGUGGAGGCGCGUGAGAAGGCGCCCAUCCUCACGACACAGCAGCUGGUGCAGGCGGUGGGGCAGACCAUAUUCCGCGACAAGAGCAAGCAGGGCGGCAGGCGCAGCGGCAAGACCAUCCACCCAGCCACCAGGACGUUCCAGCUUGCGCUGCCCCAAACGUUUCAAACGUAA